AUGACACAGAUCCAAGUCUCUUGCUUCAAACCUCACUCCCCCUAUUUUUCUGCUAGGGGAAAGAUAUCUGCAUCAGACAUCAAGCGUAUUGGAAAAGAGCUAGGUCAAAAUUUCACUGAUAGAGAGAUUCAGGAGAUGGUUGAUGAAGCAGACCAAGCUAAUGAUCGAGAGGUUAGUCCAGAGGAAUUCAUCAAAAUGAUGAACAGAACACGCUGCCAUCACUAG